GACUGAACUUAACCAAGUUCAUAGGCUGAUCCACACUGACCUGACCGACCACAGAAGAAGGGGUUCUGCCUACCUAACUGGGCCCCUUUUGACCGCUGAUAACUUGGCUUCACUUGUUGCCUGGGUGGAAAGUUCUCCCUAUUGAAAUUUUUUUGCACAUGGAGGACAAUAGCAAAGAGGGCAACAUAGGCUGAUAAGACCAGAGACCACAGGAAGAUUCUUUGACCUUGGCCUUCGGGACUUUUCCUCUAGCUGGAGUUCUGGACUUUAACAGAACUGCGUUCAAUCAUUUUGGUUUUGCUACCUGUUUUUUUUUUUUUCUUUUUCUUUUUCUUUUCACUACCACAUCGUAUUUUAUUUCUGUACUUCAGAAAUGGGCCUACAGACUACACAGGGGCCCAGCCAGGGGGCUUUUUUCCUGAAAUCUUGGCUUCUCAUUUCCCUGGGGCUCUACUCACAAGUGUCAAAACUCCUGGCGUGCCCUAGCGUGUGUCGCUGCGACAGGAACUUUGUCUACUGUAACGAGCGAAGCUUGACCUCAGUGCCUCUUGGGAUCCCGGAGGGCGUCACUGUACUCUACCUCCACAACAACCAAAUUAAUAAUGCUGGGUUUCCUGCAGAGCUGCACAACGUACAGUCUGUGCACACCGUGUACCUUUAUGGGAACCAACUGGAUGAAUUCCCCAUGAACCUUCCCAAGAACGUCCGAGUUCUCCAUCUGCAGGAAAACAAUAUUCAGACCAUUUCACGGGCCGCCCUGGCCCAGCUCUUGAAGCUUGAAGAGCUCCACCUGGAUGACAACUCAAUAUCCACGGUGGGGGUGGAAGAUGGGGCCUUCCGGGAGGCCAUUAGCCUCAAAUUGUUGUUUCUAUCCAAGAAUCACCUGAGCAGCGUGCCUGUGGGGCUUCCCGUGGACCUGCAAGAGCUGAGAGUGGAUGAGAAUCGAAUUGCCGUCAUAUCAGACAUGGCCUUUCAGAACCUCACCAGCUUGGAGCGUCUGAUCGUGGAUGGAAACCUCCUGACCAACAAGGGCAUUGCCGAGGGCACCUUCAGCCACCUCGCCAAGCUCAAGGAAUUUUCCAUUGUCCGGAAUUCGCUCUCCCAUCCCCCUUCUGACCUCCCAGGUACGCACCUGAUGAGGCUCUAUCUGCAGGACAACCAGAUCAACCACAUCCCUUUGACAGCCUUCUCGAAUCUCCGGAAGCUGGAACGGCUGGAUAUAUCCAACAACCAGCUGCGCGUGUUGACUCAAGGGGUCUUCGAUAACCUCUCCAACCUGAAGCAGCUCACUGCUCGGAAUAAUCCUUGGUUCUGUGACUGCAGUAUUAAAUGGGUCACGGAAUGGCUCAAACACAUACCCUCAUCUCUGAAUGUGCGAGGUUUCAUGUGCCAAGGUCCUGAACAAGUCCGGGGGAUGGCAGUCCGGGAGUUGAAUAUGAAUCUGUUGUCCUGUCCCACCACGACCCCCGGCCUGCCUCUCUUCACUCCAGCCCCAAGUUCAGCUUCGCCCACGACUCAGCCUCCCACACUCUCUGUCCCGACCCCUAGCAGAAGCUAUGCGCCUCUAACUCCCAUGGCAUCGAAACUCCCCACGAUUCCCGACUGGGAUGGCAGAGAAAGAGUGACCCCGCCUCUUUCUGAACGGAUCCAGCUCUCUAUCCAUUUUGUGAAUGACACUUCCAUUCAAGUCAGCUGGCUCUCUCUCUUUACUGUGAUGGCGUACAAACUCACGUGGGUGAAAAUGGGCCACAGUUUAGUGGGGGGCAUCGUUCAGGAACGCAUUGUCAGUGGUGAGAAGCAGCAUCUGAGCCUGGUCAAUUUAGAGCCCAGAUCCACUUAUCGGAUUUGUUUAGUGCCGCUGGAUGCAUUUAACUACCGAGCUGUAGAAGACACCAUUUGUUCUGAGGCCACCACCCAUGCCUCCUAUGUGAACAACGGCAGCAACACGGCUUCCAGCCAUGAGCAGACGACUUCCCACAGCAUGGGCUCCCCUUUUCUGCUGGCGGGGCUGAUCGGGGGUGCGGUGAUAUUUGUGCUUGUGGUCCUGCUCGGUGUCUUUUGCUGGCAUAUGCACAAAAAGGGGCGCUACACCUCCCAGAAGUGGAAAUACAACCGAGGCCGGCGGAAAGAUGACUAUUGCGAGGCAGGCACCAAAAAGGACAAUUCCAUCCUGGAGAUGACAGAAACCAGCUUUCAGAUCGUCUCCUUAAAUAACGAUCAGCUCCUUAAAGGAGAUUUCAGACUGCAGCCCAUUUACACCCCAAAUGGGGGCAUUAAUUACACAGACUGCCAUAUCCCCAACAACAUGCGAUACUGCAACAGCAGUGUGCCAGACUUGGAGCACUGCCAUACGUGACAGCUAGAGGUCCAGCAUUACAAACGCGGACAGUAAGACUCUCGAGAACACACUCGUGUGUGCACAUAAAGACACGCGAAUUACAUUUGAUAAAUGUUACACAGAUGCAUUUGUGCAUUUGAAUACUCUGUAAUUUAUACGGUGUACUAUAUAAUGGGAUUUAAAAAAAGUGCUAUCUUUUCUAUUCCAAGUUAAUUACAAACAGUUUUGUAACUCUUUGCUUUUUAAAAUCUUAAAAAAAAAAAAAUAGUUGCUGAAGUACUGUACAGGGUUGUACAAUGAGAACCCAAUACUAAGGUAAAAGAAUGAGUGAUUCUUCCUCCUGAUGCAAUUCACCACUUUGCUGUUGAAGCUUCAGAACAAAUUCCUUUCCUAGAGUUGGUGGUCAGAUGAAAGGGCAGGUUAAAAUGGACUCAUCAGUGUAGGAUAAAUAAUAGGCAUAAAACCAGAAAUGACCCCAGAUAUCUUCACGCUAUUUGUAUAUUUCCUGGUCUGGAAGAAAAGUGAAAACUUCUAGAGUAUAAGAAAGGAGGUAGUCACCCUGAUUUGACCCAAAGGAGGAAAUGCAGAAAACAUCUCUUGAGGAAGUCAGUUCCUGUGAGAUAAGUUAACCCAUCCUGGCAGAAUCAAGAAAAUGAGAUAAGAUUUGAAAAGACAGUCAAACCCAGGGGUUGGCUUUCUGACUGGGAACUUGAAAAUCACUCUUCAGGCUUCCCUGGCCCUAUGUGAAACAGUGAGAGACCUGAGUCUGUUUUCAGUCAUCUUCGGGGGCAGGUAGGAUGUCCCAGCAAGAAAACUCCCUUUAAAAGUGUUACUGUUCAAGUCAUAUGUCAGGUUGAAUCACAUUCAUCAGAGAUAUAUUCUAGAAUACUUUUUUUAGAAGAGGCUAAUAAAAUAAUGGGAAGAAUUAUAUUGAAUGGAAUUAUUUUUGAUAAUGAGAACUAUUUGGGUAGAUUCACUGCAGCUAUGUCAACAUGAUAUUUAGACCAACAAGGGAUCAAUGUUUGGAAUAUACUAAACUUGUUAUGUAAAAAUUAUUGAUACCAUUUAGACAAAAGCAAGUGAUCAGUGGUUCUGUUAUACUAUAUCAACUAACUUUGUUAGUAUCAUGUUGAAAUAGCUUGAAUUAAUACCUUUAUCCCCUUGGAAAUUCUUGUCUUCCAAUCACCUCACGUAUAUUUUCGUAAUUAGCUGUAGAGGCAACAUUUGUCAUUCCCCCUCUCUUCAAAAUUCAAAAGAACAUCAUGGAUGCCAGUCUUGGUUGCACAAAAUAUCCAUAUACACUUUAAAAUGUAUACUAAUUCUCCUUGCUAAUAAUUCUGUAAGGACACAUCAAAGCUGGCAAAAUAACGUAUUUGUUUAAAAAGCAAUACCAAGUUUCCACCUUGAACUGACUUUGACCUUCCAUUUUUUAAAUUUCAUUUAUUCCUUUCAGUCAUGGAUGUUCCUCUUCUUUGGGAAUUGUGGAGGGAUAAUCAAUCUUAUAUUAACAGCGUAACAGAUGAAAAAAAAUGAUCAAGUCUGAGAGGGAAGACUUGUUCUCCUAAUCUUGGCAAAGCAGGGCAUAGGACAGAGGGCAUGGAGAAGAGAAGGAUGUCCAGACUUAAUUCUAGAUAUUUUUUGAAGCAACGUCCAUCUUCAGAAAGCAUGUAUAAUGUACUCCUUUCCAUCCCUUAGUUGUAGAAGGGCUAUCGAUCACACACAUACAUUAUCUAAAAAAUACACCCUUGGAAAAUUAUUUUCAAAAUCAAAUUUAGGCAUUUCAGUCUGUGUUGCAUGUUUCCUUGAUCACCAGCCAUUAUUUUAGGAACCUAUGAAGUUAAUGUCACAAUCAUUUUGCUUUCUCUUUCUCUGUCCCUCUUACUUUUAACAAAAUAGAACUGUGAUGUGUCUACUUUGUAAGAGUUUAGGUAUAAAAUGCUAUGCAAGUUUUUCUUUAUAGUAAGAGCUUUAUUUUCUUUAAUAAUAUAUCCCCAACUCAUAUGUUUUAAUCUCCCUUGUCCCUCAGAAUAAGCAGAAAAUAUAACUGAAGUUAUGUUAUAGACACAAGAAUCAAAACUGUGCAGUCAGUUGAGCUGAAAUUAACUACUAAUUAAUUUGAAUUAAUUCUAAAGUGACUUCGGUUUUCAUUUUAGUUUAUUAGCUAGCUAGUUUUGUCUGUUGCUUUUUUAAAGCUUGAUCCACACAGUGAAGGGUUAAGACAAUCUGUGAAAGUGAUCAGUGUAGCAGUAAGCCAUCUGAAAUGCAGGACCAUGACAUGGGGUUUUGUGUAUUUAACUGGAUAAUUCCCUCCCACUGUCCCUUUCUCCUUGGCUGUGUAGAUAAAACUAUGUGUUCAAAUGAUGGUACUUUGAUUUUUGAGGGUUUUUUUUUUCCUUUUAUCCACAAAAUAAUCAUUCUCAUUUAUUUGUAUUGUGUGUAUAACCUCCAGCUGGAUACUUCGCUGCUGAAACAAAUGUUUUUGCUUUGAGCCAGGAAGACCAAGAUUAGAGAGGUUUCUAUAAUGUCUUAUGGGAUUCACAGAAUUAUUUGGGGCUUAAGUCCUAUGACAGAGACCUGGUCAUGUGAAGUGAUUAGGAUGAUCUGAAAUGGUUCCUUUGCUAGAAGACCUUUCUGAAGAGAUAGAAUCUAGUUAUAGACUUAAUUCUGAGCUUGUGCACAACAUGACAGAGACUGUUAAAAUUGAGAUCAGUCUCCUAUUUGAAAUAGUGUACCUGGGGCUCUCACCUACACCAGGAUAGAAAGCACAUCAUGGAAUCUGUAACAACCAUCAGUGGUGGAUGAUGCUUUGAAUGGUGUUUUUGUUAUGGGAAUGUUUUCCUGAUACAUCAACUCUGUAUUUUGGACCUCUCUUGAGCUCAUACAUUAUUUUGCAUUUUGAGAUUAGUCAAGAGUCACAGUUCAAGGUGCAGGACAAGACCAUGAGCAAAGCCAUACGUACCGGCUUUUAAAGAGCUCGAUGCUGUCUGACCAAAUCAAAUGAUUUCAGAUACUAUGUGUCCACUUUCAGAGCUAGGUAACUGUCACUGUGCAGAAGAAAUUCCAAAAGGAAAAGUCAUAGCCAUGAGCACACAGGUAUUACUGACCAUUAUUCAUACCCAGCAUUGUCAUGAAUACCUACUUGUUUGGGGAGAUGUAUUUGAAUAGGGAGAAGCCCUUAGCUUCCCUCAAACUGUCAAAUGCAUUAACAACUUUUCGCAUGGGACAAUCAAAAGCAGAGACACAAAGGAUGUCCUCCUGCCUAUUUUUCUGAUGCGAGAAGUGGAAAACAUUCUACCCUGUGAGAAAUCAUGCAAUUUCUAGUUAUCUGGAUGUUUGUUGAAAAUAUGUUACAUGUUUUCCCAGAGGUUUAAAAAAAAGUAUAAUGUGACCAGUCUGGUAAAAAGGAUGAAUGAAAUAGCUGAUGUUAUGGCUCCAUUUCCUACUAGAUCAUAAUAGUCCUAGUCAUUCCACAGGAGUUAGAACUUCCUUCCUCACUGAGGAGAACAAGCUCUCCAUGUUGUGGACAGAGCAUCCAUUCCAGACACAAGACAAUAUAGUUGCUGUCCACAGGGAGGACAGGAGAUAGCUUGGUCAGCUAACCUCACUUGCAGAAUCCAUUACAACUUGCAACAAUGCAGUGAUCAAUUUCCAUUACUUCUUAGCUUCUAGCAUUUUUCUCUACCCUAUAACAAGGAGACAUUGUUUCACUUUGGAAUAUGAGAGUAAUAGUUUUGCUCAUGACUUACCUUUCCAACUUCAUGGGAAAGCAGAACAGAAAAUGGAGCCCCAAAGAGAAAGAGAUAAAUACAUAAAACAAACCAAAAAACUCCUCUUCAUUAUUAGUUUUGUCCAACCUUGCCUGAUGCUUUUUUUUUUAAGUCAAAAUACUAAUGUAGGAAGCAGUAGUUUACACCUCUCUCUAAUUUCUUCAGUGGGGUCGAAAGACAAUUGCUGACAAUGGGGGGAUGCUUGUCCCUGAUUGUGGGGAGAAAGUUUUGUACAUGUUGUUAUAACAUGUACUGUUACACUGUUAUUCUGGGGAUACUGUUACAACAAAAAAAAAAUCACAUUCCUUUUGCUAUAGUUUAAGUUUUUUUUUUUUCCUAGCAGCACACCCACCAGAAGAGCACAAAGCAAGGCCAUCACAACAGACAUUUUUUAACUAGUGUAAAACACACACUUGUGUACACACACACACCACACACAGGGGUAUUCGUAAAGACAUCCAUGAGGUGUAAGAUUUAUAACCUUUCUGAGGCAAGGUGAAGGCGUCGCCACUGUGUGUCCCUCUUGGGAACAGUAUAUAUUCGCUGAAAGUUAAUCCUGAUGAUUUGUUAUUGUUUGAGCCGUAUGUUGAUUUGCUUCUGGUUUCUGUGUAGUGUGUUCUCACUGACAAGGGACUGCAAGGGGCUGGAAGAUUCUGCAUCACACAUCCCCUGAGACCUACUGUGUCGCACACUUUGUUAACUACAAACUUCACUCUACACUAUACAGUACCUUGUUGAUAUACUCAGUAAAGGCUUAUUUUAAAAAGAAA